AUUAAUUUUAUAUUAUAUUCUAAUUUUAAUUGAUUUUAAUGUGUAAAUUUUAAAAAGUUUUUUAAACCUUAAUAUUGUAAACUAUUUACAAGAUACAGUUAUUCGUUAUGAGCAUUAAGUAUAAAUUUAAUGUAAUUUAUAAGUUUUGCAUAAAAUUAUGACCAUAGUACGUUUCUUAGGAAGUGUUUUAUUGGCCUGCUGUAGUGCAUCAUUUUCAACUUUUUUGUACAAUUAUUUCCAUCAUGAAAAAACGGAAGUAAUAUUUUUCUAUGGAACCGUGCCAAUUUGCAAUAUUCACCGCAAUGUAGCAGCUAUAACACCCAUAGUUCAAAACAUUGAGUGUUUUGAGUGCAAACUAAACAUAAUUAUUGAAUGCCUUAAUAAAGCAAAAACAACUUUGGACAUCUGUAUGUACAUGUUAAACCAUGAGUUACUAACAAAUUCAAUUAUUGAUGCUUAUAAACGUGGAGUUAAUGUCAAGAUAAUUCUAAAUGUAGAUAAUCCAAUGACUACUUGGCAAUUGGGUAGUAUGGGUAUCUUAAAAAAAGUUAAAAAGAAUAAAUAUGAUGAGUAUUUAAUGCACCACAAGUUUGUUAUUAUCGAUAACAAAAAAGUGAUCUUAGGAUCUAUGAAUUGGACCAAAAUGUCAGUAAGAGCAAAUUGGGAAAAUGUAUUCAUUACAAACAAUUGUGAAUUGGUUAAUCCUUUCAGACAAGAAUUUCAAAGGUUAUGGAAACAAUUUGAUUAGUUUUAGAAUUAUUUGUUAUAAAUUGUAAUGUAUAAAAUGUGCAAUUUGUUAUAGUAAUCAUACUUAUAUAAU